AUGGUCACCGCCUCAGAUAUCGACUAUCUGCGCCGCUGCGUAGAGCUAGCCCGAGAAGCCCUUGAAGCGGGCGAUGCCCCAUUUGGGUCCGUGCUAGUGGAUGCCGCCGGCAAGAUUCUCAAAGAGGAUCGCAAUCGCGCCGUGACUGAGUCUGAUGUCACCUGGCACCCGGAGUUCACGCUCGUCCAGUGGGCCCAGAAGAACCUGUCUCCGACGGAGCGCGCGGCUGCCACGGUCUACACAUCUGGCGAGCAUUGCCCGAUGUGCACGUCUGCUCAUGCGAAUGCCGGCUUGGGGCGAAUCGUGUACGCUAGCUCCACUGCUCAACUUGUGCGCUGGAGGGCGGAGCUCGGUAUCAAGGCUGGCCCGGUUGCCCCGCUGUCCAUCAAUCAGGUGGCACCGGAUCUAGUUGUUGAUGGCCCGGCUCCGGGGUUGGAUGAGGAGGUUCGUGGGUUGCAUCAGGAAAAGCAGGCUAGAACUGUAUCAUAA